CCAGUUUGAAUGAGGACAAUUAUAGCUUUUUAACAUCUUUGGAUUUAGUGUUUUUAAUAAGCUCUUUAAGUAAGCUGAAAUAUCAGCUUGCAUUUUGUUCUCAGCAUUAUUUAAAGUGAGACUCAGUGCAAGUUUCAGAAUAGACGUGUGCCGUCUGCAGGUCAUCAAUAGACCGUGCUGAGGACAGGACCCUCCCCAUCGCCUCCGCAGCCAUGGCCUGGAGCAGGUGAGGGCAGCUGCUUCCUCCUGGCUCCAGGUGUGGGAUGACCUGAGCUCUGGGACAUUGCCCAUCUCUGAGUCUUUGAAGAACAGGGUGGGAGUCUGGAAGCCAGCACAGACUUGUCGUGUUGGGACGACCCCACUGCUGCUCCUGUCCACCACUGCUUAAAGAAUACCCUUCAGCCAGGCGGGAGCUCCGUUGCUUUAAGACUUGCUAGGGAGCUGGGACGCCCCUCUGACAAUCUGUCAGUGCCUGGAUCAGCUACACCCUUUCGGGGGUAUUUUCUCGCCCAACGGACAGUCCUUAAGACAAGUAUGCAGUUGAACUGCUAAGGGAUGGAAGAAGCCAGUCUGUGCCUUGGCGUGUCCUCGGCGGCGCCGGAAGCUGAGCCCCACCUGAGCGGCCCGGUCCUCAACGGCCAGUAUGCCAUGAGUCAGAAGUUGCACCAGAUCACCUCCCAGCUCAGCCAUGCCUUCCCGGAGCUGCACCCGCGGCCCAACCCCGAGGAGAAGACCGCGGCGCCCCUGGACGAGAAGGCGCACGUGCCCCUGAGCAGCCAGCCCAUGGGCAGUCAGAUGGCGCUCCUGGCCAACCAGCUGGGCCGCGACGUGGACACCAGCCUCAACGGGCGCGUGGAUCUGCAGCAGUUCCUCAACGGGCAGAACCUGGGCAUCAUGUCGCAGAUGAGCGACAUCGAGGACGACGCCCGCAAAAACCGCAAGUACCCGUGCCCGCUGUGCGGCAAGCGGUUCCGCUUCAACAGCAUCCUCUCUCUGCACAUGCGCACCCACACGGGCGAGAAGCCCUUCAAGUGCCCCUACUGCGACCACCGGGCGGCGCAGAAGGGGAACCUCAAGAUCCACCUGCGGACCCACAAACUGGGCAACCUGGGCAAAGGGCGCGGGCGGGUGCGCGAGGAGAACCGCCUGCUGCACGAGCUGGAGGAGCGGGCCAUCCUGCGGGACAAGCAGAUGAAGAGCAGCCUGCUGCAGCCCCGGCCGGACCUGAAGCCCCCGCCGCACGCGCAGCAGGCCCCGCUGGCCGCCUGCAACCUGGCGCUGCCCGCCAACCACAGCGUGCCUGACGUGGCCAACCCCGUGCCCUCGCCCAAGCCGACCAGCGUGCCGGAGGACGCCGUGGCCCCCGCCGCGGGCUUCCGCUGCACCUUCUGCAAGGGCAAGUUCAAGAAGCGGGAGGAGCUGGAGCGCCACAUCCGCAUCCUGCACAAGCCCUACAAGUGCACGCUGUGCGACUUCGCCGCCUCGCAGGAGGAGGAGCUCAUCAGCCACGUGGAGAAGGCGCACAUCACCGCCGAGUCGGCCCAGGGCCAGGGCCCCAACAGCGGCGGCGAGCAGUCGGCCAACGAGUUCCGCUGCGAGGUGUGCGGGCAGGUGUUCAGCCAGGCCUGGUUCCUGAAGGGCCACAUGCGGAAACACAAAGACUCCUUCGAGCACUGCUGCCAGAUCUGCGGCCGCCGCUUCAAAGAGCCCUGGUUCCUCAAGAACCACAUGAAGGUGCACCUCAACAAGCUGUCGGUGAAGAACAAGUCUCCCAGCGACGCCGAGGUGCCCGUGCCCAUGGGCGGCAUGUCCCAGGAGGCCCACGCCAACCUCUACUCCAGGUACCUCUCCUGCCUGCAGAGCGGCUUCAUGGCCCCAGACAAAGCCAGCCUGAGCGAGCCCGGCCAGCUGUACGGCAAAGGGGAGCUGCCCAUGAAAGAGAAGGAGGUCCUGGGGAAGCUGCUGUCCCCCAUCUCCGGCAUGGCCCACGGCGUCCCCGAGGGCGACAAGCACUCCCUCCUGGGCUGCCUCAACCUCGUGCCCCCCCUGAAAUCCAGCUGCAUCGAGCGGUUGCAGGCGGCUGCCAAAGCUGCCGAGAUGGACCCCGUGAACAGCUACCAGGCUUGGCAGCUGAUGGCCAGGGGCAUGGCCAUGGAACAUGGCUUCUUGUCUAAAGAGCAUCAGCUACCGCGCAACCACGACGACACUUUGGCAAGCGCCGGAGUUCUGUUUGAUAAGGAGAAGCGGGAGUACGUGUUAGUGGGAGCAGAUGGCUCCAAGCAGAAAAUGCCUGCUGAUUUGGUUCACAGCACUAAAGUGGGCAAUCAGAGAGACCUGCCAAGCAAGCUCGACCCUUUAGAAGCCAGUCGGGAGUUCUUGUCACAUGGGCUGAACCAGGCACUCGAGUACAACCUGCAGGGGCCCGGGAGCAUGAAGGAGAAGCCCACCGAGUGCCCGGACUGCGGCCGAGUGUUCCGCACCUACCACCAGGUGGUCGUCCACUCCCGCGUGCACAAGCGGGACCGCAAGGGCGAGGAGGACGGGCUCCACGCGGGCCUGGACGAGCGGCGCGGCUCCGGCAGUGACCAGGAGUCGCAGUCCGUGAGCCGCUCCACCACGCCCGGCUCUUCCAACAUCACCGAGGAGAGUGGGGUCGGAGGCGGGCUCUCCCAGACGGGGAGCGCCCAGGAGGACAGCCCGCACCCCUCCUCCCCGUCCUCCUCAGACAUUGGUGAGGAGGCUGGGAGAGCUGCCGGCGUCCAGCAGCCCGCGCUGCUUCGCGACAGGAGCCUGGGCUCGGCCAUGAAGGACUGCCCCUACUGUGGGAAAACCUUCCGGACGUCCCACCACCUAAAGGUUCACCUGAGGAUACACACAGUGUGUGUCCACACCCUAACCAGCGGGAGGAAAGGAAGUGACUUGUACCCACAAGGUGAGAAACCCUACAAAUGUCCCCACUGUGACUACGCGGGCACCCAGUCAGCCUCCCUCAAGUACCACCUCGAGCGGCACCACCGAGAGCGGCAGAAUGGAGCAGGGCCGCUGUCUGGGCAGCCCCCCGCCGCAGACCACCGGGACGAGAUGGCCAGCAAAGCUGCUUUGUUUAUCAGGCCCGACAUCCUGAGGGGGGCCUUCAAGGGUCUCCCUGGGAUCGACUUCAGAGGGGGCCCUGCGUCCCAGCAGUGGACAUCGGGGCUGUCGUCGGGAGAUCACACCGGCCAAGCCUCUGGCCUGUCUUCUGAGACCCCCACCGAUGCUCUCAAGGGCACCGACCUUCCUUCCAAAAGCAGCCACUUCUCGGAAAUCGGACGCGCCUACCAGAGCAUCGUGAGCAACGGCGUGAAUUUUCAGGGGUCCUUGCAAGCUUUCAUGGACAGCUUUGUCCUCAGCUCCCUGAAGAAGGAGAAGGACAUGAAGGACAAGGCCCUGGCCGAUCCUCCUUCCACCAAAGUGCACGGGACAGACGGUGGGGAGGAGAAAGCAGGUGCUAAGCCGGCCCCCAGGAAGUCGGAGAAGUCUCAGUAUGAGCCCCUGGACCUGUCGGUGCGGCCAGAUGCUGCCUCUCUGCCAGGCUCAUCCGUGACGGUGCAGGACAGCAUCGCGUGGCACGGCUGCUUGUUUUGUGCUUUCACCACGUCCUCCAUGGAGCUGAUGGCCCUGCACCUGCAGGCCAAUCACCUGGGCAAGGCAAAACGCAAAGAAAACGCCGUCGGGGUGGCUGUCAAUUGCAAAGACCAGGCCCGCGAGGCCAGCAAACUGGCUCUGCUGUCGUCUGCACAAUCGAACAAAGAGAUGGGGCUCUCCAACAUGAUGGGUCCUCUGGACGCCGCGCCCGAGAAGAUGGCCCAAGGGCAGGUCAAAGAGACGCUGGGGGAGCAGAGGAGUGGCCCGUGGCCCGGCCACGUGGACCCCGCCUUUUGUAACUUCCCAUCAGAUUUCUACAAGCAGUUUGGAGUUUACCCAGGCAUGGUGGGCUCGGGGGCCUCCACCUCCUGCCCCAACAAGGAGCCGGAUGGGAAGGCCCACUCGGAAGAUGACGCCCCAAUUCUGAUCCCCGAAACCACAAACAAGAACACUACUGACGACCUCUCCGACAUCGCCUCCUCCGAGGACAUGGACUCUUCCUCCAAGGGAGAAAACAACGACGAAGAGGAUAUUGAGACGGAGCCGGAGAUGGUGAGCAAGCCGCCGUCUUCCCUCAGCAAGGACAACAGCAGUGAUGGAGGGGACGGUCUGCUGCCCACGGCCACCCCUCAGCCCGUCCAGGGACUGGUCUCACCUUUACCCCAAGCAUCGGAGAAGCAGUGGCAUGGGCCGGGCCUUCUUGUGUCACAGGACCCCUCGGCGGGGCUACCCAAGCCAGAGCGGGGGCCCCAGGGCCUGGAGAAGCCAAUGAACAUGCUGUCGGUCCUCAGGGCCUAUAGCGCUGAUGGCUUAGCAGCCUUUAACGGACUUGCAAGUAGCGCAGCCAAUUCUGGAUGUAUCAAGAGGCCAGACUUGUGUGGUCACAGGCCUUUCCAGUGCCGCUACUGUCCCUACAGUGCCUCUCAGAAGGGGAACCUGAAGACCCACGUCCUAUGCGUCCAUCGCAUGCCUUUUGACAACAGCCAGUACCCUGACCGCAGGUUCAAGCGCUCCAGAGUCGACUCAGAGGCAUCUGGGAAUUUCGAAGAACCAACGGCUGCCAAGGCGGGGAGCUCGGCCGAGCUCUUGGAGGAGGGCAGCAAGGCCCCGGAGGAGCGCAACUGAGCAACUACCCUGUAUAUUGCAAUAGUGUCUGACACAGUUUUAAGAUUAUGCAUCUGGUUUAAAAAAAAAAAAAGAGUUUGUUAACUGCAUUACAAAGGGGAAAAUCAUGUACAACCCCCACUAGUGUAUAGAACAUUUUAAAAAAGAUUAAAAAAUAUCUAUAUAUAUAUUAAAGAAAAAAAAAUCCCCAGCCCUUGAAAAUGGCUGCUAAACUGUUACCCGGCAACAAGUACUAGCAAGCAAUGCAGGUGGGAGAAGAGGGAUUUCACAAACGCGGGUGGCUCCCAGCUCCGGGAAGCUGGCGGCCCAACUCUUCAAGUCGUCUUUGUCCAAAAAUCAUGCUCUUAACUGAAAAAAAAAAACAAAACAAAAAAACGAUCCCAUCUGAAUGAUUGAGUGUUGCCUUGAAGAUGGAGGGGCUGUGUUUUCAUUGUUGAAAACACCUCUAUAAUCUGACACCAGCUGCUGUCAUUUGCCUCGCACCCUAAUGAGACGUGCUGGGAGGCGGCCUCGGUGCCAGUCAGGCUGGAGCGGUCACUGCAGAGAAAAUCAAUUCCCGUGGUGUCGUCACUGCACUCUUGGAGAAACCUGAGCCGGCCGGCAGCCAGCUCCAGGGCAGCCCAGCACUGCCCAGGUGGCCAUCUUCAAUGUGCAUUUUUACAAAAUACACAGCCAAAUGAAUCAAUGGUCAGGAAGUGUCUGCAGACAAAUGUCCGUUGCAGGUUUGAUGAGUAAUUCCUUUUUUUAGAUCAAAUUGCAAUAUUGAAGGAAAUGAAUUUUUUUUUUUUCUGGCUUGUCUUUUUGUUUUCUUCCAAUUUGGGGAUGAAAAAAGAAGGUUGCUGAUAAAAAAAAAUUAGGGGUGCAUUAUAUAAAGUGUUGUUUAAAAAAAAAACUAGCCAACCCUAUCCAUAGAAGGUGCUGGUGAGAAAUGGAACUUUAUGUAAUCAUAGAAAGAUUGUCUUUUAUUAUGAUUAAACAUUUUUUCUUUUAGUUGAAUGAAGGCUGCUCUGGCCCUUCUUAUCAGAUUUUUUUUUUCAUGUGUAAGCUUUGAGAAGUGUCACAGACAUGAAGCAAGAUUUUUCUUCUCCAGCAGGCUCUUAUGAAAUAGCUUGUAUUAAAAUAUGAAUCUAAACAUCCUGCUCUCUAUCGCUAAUGAAGAAAACUGUUUGAGUUAAAAUGUCUGUUUUUGUAAAACAAAUGUGUUCUAUAUUUUUGUAGAUUUUAGAUUUUCUACUGAUUGGAUACUCCAAAUUUAUCAAGUUCUGCACCACCCAGAGGGAGAUUUUUGAGGGCCAAUAAUGAAACACUUAACUCAUUAAAAAAAAAAAAGAAAUUGAAUAAGACCAGUUAAGGGUUUAUUCUUGAAUCUGCUAAAUGGCGCAGAAGUUCAGCCUUUUCACAUACUUCCUUUGAGGGACACGAAAUCCGGUGCUGUUGCUCGUGGUGGGGGAGGAGCGUUGGAGUAUUAACUUCUAAAACAAAAUCAUUCAGACUUUUAAAAAAGUCAAUAUUUCCUUGCAGGCUGGGAGCACAGAAUAAAACCCCAGGGCCUUAAAAACUUCAGCUCUGCCUACAGCAGUUUACAAAAAUACUAAACUGCAAUCAAUGUAAAUAAAAUGCUUAGCGCUAUCCUGAGACCAGAAGGGAUCUCAGGCUAAUAAGGAAUCCGGUUUGCAUAUGCUGUCGAGGGUGUCAUCUCCCUGAGGUUUCCGUGUAAAUGAGGUCUCUGUGCAACUUGGACCCAUCUGGCAUAGAGCAAGCUGCUUUCUUGUUUUUCUAGAAUAGUUCUCACUGCCUUACUUAAAUCGAGUUGAUAAACUUAAUGCAACUGUUUCUAUGAUCCUAGAGAAAGGACUGAAAUGUUAUUGGAAACUUUCUGACUGUAGUAAGCUUUAGGAUUUUAACUGCACUACUGUGUUUGGUGGCUGUGCCAGUCGCUUGCUUUCUGUGUGUUUGCCCCGCCUUUGGUAUCUUAGCAAAACAAGAAAAAACAAACAAAAAAAAAACCACAAAAAAUAAAUAAAUAAAAAAAUUUAAAAAAAUAACACUAAGAAAAAGCUGUAAAAAGAAGAAAAAAGAAAAAAAAUUAAAAAAAAAAAAAGAGAGCCACAUUCCGUUUCUAGCACUUUGGGAGAUCCUUUGGUAUUUUUUUUUUUUGUGUGUGUGUGUGUGUCUUCUGAGCAUCUUCUGAUGCGACAGGCAAUAAUUCUGUUUGCGACACUGGGAACAUCCCCUCUUCUUUGUGGCGUGUGUGCUGACUCCAUUUUGUCCGGUGCUGCAGUCCUUAUUUCCCCCUUCUGACACAGGGCCUCCUUUCCAGAACAUUUGUAACUUGUAAUGCAAACAAGUGACAGCCACAGUGAUGCAGCGUCAGUUUCUGAAUGUCAUCAGGUUCUCCUAUCUAAACAUGUCAAGUUUUCCCCUGUAACUUCUGUAGUCUGUGAUACUGGUCAUAAUACUGUCUACAUUCCUACACAAAGGAAAAAAAAAUCUCUCUUGGAGGAAAUCUGAGAUCAAUAGAGUAGAGGAUUUUGUUGCUAUGCUUGUAACAAGUAGAAAACUUUGUAUUUAAAGUUUAUUCUUGGUCAUUAUUUAUUAUUAUAAUACAUCAGUUGACAGAACUUUAUUCUGGUAUAGAAAGUAUUAAAAGUUGUUUUUUCAGCAAUGACUGUUUUCUUUCUGCUGUUAGAAUAAAAUGUCUUUGAAGCA